AUGUGGUGGCUAGACCCGGGGAAAGAGGCAAUCUUGACCACUCUACAGCUCUUUAACCGGAUCCUCGCCCCAUAUGUCGAAAAUCUGGAUAUGAACCAAGUGAAUUAUGGAAUCGGACAAGGGCAACUUACACUCCGCAACCUACGAUUAAAGAAGGGUGCAUUAGACAAAUUCAGGUUACCGGUUGAUGUUCUUGAAGGUCAUCUCGGGGAAUUCACGCUGUCCUUACAUUGGAUGAACCUUGGCAAUCAGCCGGUGGAAAUACUGAUUAAAGAUGUCUAUCUGCUUGUUGUUCCGUCUACACAAUCUGUAUAUGAUCCUAAAGAAGAGGAAGAGCGAGCACAAGCUGCCAAGUUAGAGCGUCUCGAAAAUGCGGAAUUACUGCAUAUGCGUGGACAGCCAGAGCAAUCUUCCGAUGAUUCACCUCAGCAGCAGGGUCUCUGGGGAUCUUUGACUGCCAAAAUAAUCAACAAUCUUCAGAUCACUGUUCAGAAUAUUCAUAUUCGAUAUGAGGACAAGAUGAGCGUUCCUGGGCAUCCCUUCGCUGCGGGUGUCACUCUAGCAGGCUUCACCGCUGUGUCGGUCAACGAAGAAUGGCGACCUACAUUCAUUGAAAGCAGUGCCGGUGCUAUUCAUAAGUUGGCCAAACUUGAAUCUCUCGCGUUGUAUUUCGAUACAGAUUCACCCAGUAUGGCUGGCCUUCCCCUCAAGGAAGCUGUCGAGAAAUUCAAUAAAAUGAUUGCGCACGAUGCUCAAGAUUCAUCACAUCAAUUUAUCCUGAAGCCAGUCUCUGGAGAAGGAAGGAUAAUUAUGAACCAGCAGUUCGAUAACGCCACCCCUCGUUUCGACGUACAACUCCUGUUCAAUGAGAUUGGGGUGGCUCUAGACGAUAAUCAGUACCGGGAUGUCAUCUCCUUGCUCGAUAUGUACCAUGUAUAUAUACGACAGCAUCAGUACCGCAAGUAUCGCCCAAGUGACGAGGAAUUCCGUACUAACGCCGGCCGUGCCCGGCUGAAAUACGUCGGGACAGCUAUUCUUGAAAAUGUCCGACAGCGACGACGACAAUGGACGUGGCAGUAUUUUGCCGAACGACGCGACGAUAGGCUAAAAUACGUCGAGGUAUUCCAGAAGAAAGUCUUAAAUGUAUUGUCUCCACCAGAUUCUCAAAUUCUGCAUGAUCUUGAAAGAAAGCUUACUUAUGAAGACCUUCGCUUCUACCGGUCGAUAGCUCGAUCAAAAUUAAGAAAAGACGCUGCUCUUCGUAAACGGCUGGAGGCGGAGAAACCAAAACAGCCUCAGAAGCAGUCGUGGGGAAGUUGGCUGUGGGGCUCUUCUUCAUCCACAAACGAGAUGCAAGAAGAUUCUGCCUUUGGUGGGCCUAUGACCGAGGAACAACGAAAGGAACUCUAUGAUGCUCUCGAUUACGAUGAAAAAUCUGCCGUCACAGAAGCGCUCGAAGCCCCCAGGGAUUCACUGAAAGCUCAUAUCAAAGCCACCCUCAAUCGAGGAUCAUUUGCACUUAGGGCUGGCCCCCACAACAAGGCGCAGGACAUCAUCUCGAUCAAUUUUGACGUCUUCCAGGCGGAUGUCAUCCAACGACCCGAUAAUUUAGAAGCGUCGGUGUCUUUAGGUAGCUUCGCUGUAUUCGACGGAACGACAGAAAACAGCGUACAUCCGCAAAUAGUUCAGGUUCAGGAGCUGAAUACCAAGGAGCUUCGUGACACUGACAAGGACAAGGACGACCCUUUCCUAUUCAUUAAGUUUGAAAAUAAUCCUCUUGAUGAACGCGCAGACAAUGCAAUCACAGUUCGGAUGAGACAUAUGGAAAUUAUCUACCACAAGGGUUACGUGGAAGCGGUUUACAAAUUUCUGAAGCCUCCGGCGAGUCAGCUGGAGUCGGUAGAGGCGCUUUUGAGUGUCGCCAGCCAAACACUCGAAGGAUUACGCAAAGAGACAAGAGCGGGAUUGGAGUUUGCUUUGCAGAAUCACAAAACGAUUGAUAUCCAAAUGGACAUGGAUGCACCAAUCAUCAUCGUUCCCGAAGAUGUUACCACAGUCAAUUGCAGACAUCUCAUCAUCGACGCUGGCCAUAUUGCGAUAGAGAGCGAGCUGGCGGAUAAAGACACGAUACGCGCCGUACAUUUGAAACGCUCGCAAAAAUACAGUGACGAGGAUUACAAACGGUUGGAAGAUUUGAUGUACGACAAAAUGUCCUUGAGACUAAAAUCCGCUCAAUUCGUAAUUGGGAAUGAUUUAGGCUCAUGCCGCGAAGCAUUAAAAGCCGAUAGUCACGACACACUUCACCUUUUGGAGCGGAUAAGCAUCGACCUCCAAAUUCAGAAUUCCAUAGUUCCAGCCGCUCUCAAUCUUGCUCGCUUCAAAAUUUCGGGAAAACUGCCAAGUCUUCAAGUCAAUCUUUCUGACACGAAAUACAAGUCUCUGAUGCGUCUGGUGGACGUUUGUGUUCCCAAGUUCAACGAUGAAGUUGAAAGUUCAUCACGCCCUACAGAAGGACUUGAGAUAACGCAUUUCCCUCUUGUGGCCGGUACACUUUUCAGUCAGGCCGAACAUGAGUAUAAUAUCGAUGAAGAUGAUGACGGUGACAGGAACGCUGCAAACACUUCGGGUUCUCAGGAAGGAGAAGAGGAAUUUUUCGAAGCUGAUGACGGUGUGGCUGAGCAUCCAGAGAUACACCAGCGUCUUUUCGAAUUGACAUUUCAAGUUGACCAACUGGGAGCCUCGCUAUCGAAAAACGGGCAAGAUGGAAGCGAAGAUCAAUUGGGUAGCGUGACCCUUGAACGCUUUGACCUCAAGUUUGGUCUAGCAAAAUACGACAUGAAGGUCGAUGUAAAUCUCCGGUCUAUGUCCAUGGAUUUGGUUCAAGGUGAAUCUGGUACAAUGAAGUUCAUGUCCACGGAAUCGCACGAGGAAAAAGACUUGUUGAGCGUUGCAUACGUUCGCGUCCAACAGGAAUCUCCAGAAUUUGCCAUUGUCUAUGGCGGAAUCGAGCAAAGUGUAGAUGUCAAAAUAUCUACUUUCAUCUUCCACGCUGCACCUGAGCCAGUGUUGAUGCUCUACGACUUCAUUAUGACAACAUUUGUCCCUGAAUCUGAUAACUCUUCGCCGCAGCUAGACCCGCAGGUCUCGAGCAGCGAAUCUAAUCUCUCCGCACAACUGACGUCUGAAAAUGAGAGGAAAAUCAAAGUUUCUGUGAAUUUGGCCAGUGUUCGAGUCGCUCUGGUGAAUGAGAUGAUUAAUAUAGCCACUCUGUCGCUCUCAACCGCUGAUGUCACGGUGGUAGUUCGGCCGAAGUCAUUACUUGUUUCUGGGCGGUUGGGAAGUCUAGCUCUGAGUAAUGACUCUGAAAUGCAUUCCAUACGAACCGACUUCGAUCAACUGAUGUCGAUUGAGGGGCAUAACUUUGCGGAAUUCCGCUAUGAAACGUAUGACCCAGACGACGCCAAUUACGCUGGCAUCAAGUCUUCCAUCUCGCUUGACGCAGGAUCGGUCAAGCUCCAUUUUCUAGAGAGGCCUCUGCAUGACAUAUACUUGUUUCUCGCGAAACUCUCCAAACUCAAAGGAUUAUACGAUGCUGCUACCCAUGCGGCAGUACAGUCUGCUUCCGAUAUGGACACAGAACUCUUGCAAUUCAAUAUCUCUAUCAAAUCACCAAUUGUUGUCUUCCCUUCUGAUCCCAUGCGCUCCUCUGAUAUGAUGGUCAUGCGGUUGGGAGAGGUCUCCGCGAAGAACUCCUGCGAAGGAGUGAUAAAUAAGAUCAGUGCUAGUCUUCGAGGGAUCCAACUCGUUUCGUAUUUAAAGCACAAGGAGAAUGUAUUCGCUCUCAAGAUUAUUGAUGACAUCAACGUCACGGCCGAUGUUGUACAGACUGCAGCCAUCGACCGUGUUGUUGAGCUCGAGCAGCCCGAUACUGGGGUGUCUAUACACAUAUCUGACAUUAAAUUGCAUCUGACUCAAAUUCAAUACGGACUUCUGAUCAAGUUGUCGCAAUCUAUUUCCAGAGUUCUCGCUGGCGCACCUGAAGGCGCAUCUCGAGCUGAAGCCGCGGUUGGCUUCGAAUCGCAACCUCAACUGGCGGAAAAAGAAAGACGUGAAACUCUGGUCGACGUAGCACCAGAGGAUGCCCCGAAAUCGUGGCCUACCUUGGACCUUGUGGUGGAUGUCGAUACAGUAAAACUUCAUCUAUACGAUGAGUUCGCUACCGAAGAAUUGAAUCUUAAAGAGCAUGGUAUAGCGCGAUUCGCCUUAAACCAUAAUAACCUUCGCUUGAAGUUGCUCUCUGCCGGUGGCGGAGAAGUUCAGGUAAUACUAAAAUCAUUCACCAUCAAUAAUACUAGGCCUGGGAAUACAAAGUUUCGAGAAAUCAUACCUGCGGCGAGCCAUACUCGAAACCAGUUUAUGAUUCUUUACACGAUGGCUGGCGAUGCUGAUUUCUCGUCAUUGGCUCUCCUGACCAUUGAUUCACCCCGGAUUAUAUUUGCAGUGGAUCUUGUCUUCGGCCUGAUUGACUUCUUUACAAAAAAGGUGGACAUCGCACGAUCAAAUCAAUUUGAGGCGGAGGCGGGAAAAUCUUCUCUCGAUUUUCGUGUCGACCUCCACGAUGUCUCGAUAUCUGUACUCGAAAAUGACUCCGAUCUUGAUUCCCAGUCCAUUCAACUUUCUAUCAAACAAAUACUCUUAUCACAGCAGGUAACUAUUAUUGCCAAGCUUAUUUAUGGUAUCAUGGCCCUCACCAUCAAACAGCUCGGAAUGUCCUUAAUGCAAAUGGGGAGGCCAACGGAAACUGUACGAUUCCUAGACGAAUUCGACUUGACAUUCUCGCUUGACAGUCGUUCAACAUCGUCACAACUUAUGACUAACAUAGAGCUCAACACAAGACCGAUCGUGUUCCGCGCUUCAUACCGAGACAUCACCUUGAUUUCCACAAUUGUCAAUAAAGCGGUAGAACUCUCCAAUCGCUCAACUGAAUCAGGAUCCCAGGCGUCUCGCCUCGACGCUCCAACCAUAAGGUCAAAGAGCUCCGGAGGGCGUCAUACCCGCUCAAGUGCCUCGAGGAUGGUUGGAGCGAAUCAGACGCAGAGCAGACCCGUUGGGAAGGCCCGUAUCCUGACAUCGAAGGAGCAAUUCAAGGGGUCUUUCGAUGGAUUCCGAUUGGUGCUCAUUGGAGAUUUGCAUGAGCAACCUAUGCUGCAUCUCAAAGUGAAACCUUUCAUCAUCGGAGCAAAGGACUGGUCCGGGGAUUUGUCCGCCAUCACUACACUUGCAACGCAAAUAAGCUAUUGGAACCUGACAAAUUCACAUUGGGAACCCCUGAUCGAUCCAUGGACCUUCUCGGUUUCGUUUUCAAAGGAAAACUCCAGCGGCGCUUUGAAUAUCAACUUAUCGGCUCGCGAACGACUCGAUCUCAAUUUGAGCACUACAUUCGCAGAAUUGGGUAUGACUACUGUGAACUUGUGGAGUCAAGAGGGCGAACAAAUUCUGCGAAAGGCUCGGGGUAGUUAUGCCCCUUAUCGUAUGCGAAACCGUACUGGAUAUCCGGUAUUCAUUUGGGCCGAUAAUGAUGGUAGCAGUAAUAGUAAGGAAUCGGAUACAACAGGAGUGCAGUUGUCUCAUGAUCAGACCAUUGAUUGGCGCUUUGAUGACUGGAAGACAAUGCGAGAGCACGUUUCGGGCUCUGGACAACAUAACAUUGGUAUCCGAUUUGUGAACAAAUCUUGGGAACAUCUUCGCAGCAUUCCCGUUGACCGGGAGGGUGAAUUCAUUUUCCCACUAAAACCUAGAACGGAAAAACAUACCAAUCGUCUACUAUGCGAGGUCAAGGUAGAGGACAACGUCAAGGUAGUGACAAUCAGAUCCACUUACAAGGUGGAAAACCAAACUCUGUACCCUCUUGAAGUAACGCUGGUUGAUGAAAGGGGUCAUCCAGUGUAUUCAUUGGAGAAGGUAGCACCAGGUCAGGAUUAUGCUCUUCCAAUCGAAGCCGUGAACACGAGCAAGGUCAGAAUUCAACCAGAUCAGGGCUUUGGAUAUAAAUGGUGCAAUCCUGUCCGAUGGGAAGACCUUGUAACCAAGAAGAACUUCACUGUUCGUUGCCCGCAUGGAGACCCACGAGAAGCUGCUUUCCGCUUCCAGGCUUGGGUCCAGAGUGACCUAAAUCCUAAUGACUCGUUAGUCCGCAAAUACCCUAAGAUAAAUCUUAAACUUCGUGCGCCAUUGGAACUUGAGAAUCUUCUUCCUUACAACAUCCAAUAUCGGGUGUACGAUAAAGACACAGAUCAGAAUUGGAGAAGCUAUUUGCGUCAAGGUGGAAUAAUGCCAGUACACUCUAUUGAGCUCGCGCACCUGGUUCUGCUCAACAUCGAGGUGCAAGAUACAAUUUUCAAACCGAGUGAUUUUACUAUUAUCAACACUGAUGGCCAUGGCGAUUUCGACGUCGAGAAUAGUCUUACUUUACUUGAUCAAAGCGGCAGAAAGUUGAACCUCAAACUGAACUAUGUUCGCUAUCCAGAUUCUGGGGGAGCUUUCAAAGUUCAGAUUUACAGUCCGUAUCUUGUGAUGAAUAAGACUGGACUUCCGUUUGGUGUCAAAUCAGCCCGACCCAAUCGGGCUGUCGCACCGCAAGAUGUAGCCGGAGACACAAAUACAAGUGAGCGCAAGGAUCUAUCACUGCUGUCUCAUGCAAGUGAGCAAGGUCAUGAGUUCACCUUAAAAUUGGGUGAUUCCGUUUGGUCAAAGCCUAUCAGCGUGGAAGCCCCCGCAGCGGAAAUCGCACUCGUCAUACCAUCUCAAAAACAAAAGACAGAGGAGAUUCAUGUUGGCAUUUCCUGGACUGAAGGUCUCGGAAAAUAUAAGCUUAGCAAGAUCAUAACCCUAACACCUCGGUUCAUUCUCAAGAAUAAUCUUUCCGAGCCGAUAUCCUUCCGUGAACACGGUGUAGCGCCAAGGGACAAGUCUGUUAUUAGCCCUGGCGAGCGUUGUUCAUUGCAAUUCGUUCGGGCAAGCCCAGGGAAACUUUUGACCAUUGCUUACCCCGGAUUGAAUGCCCAAUGGUCUCCGCCAUUCAACAUAGAAGACAUUGGCUUCGUACAUCUCCGACUCAAGGCCCCGGGCGACAACCCAGAUCAGAUACGUUUGAUCCGCGUUGACGUCAAAAUUGAUGGAUCGACUAUCUUUGUCCAUUUCUCUUCCGCAGCUGGUUGGCCUUUCAUUAUCGAAAACGGCAGCGACUACACAUUCUCUUUGUCACAAAAGGAUGCGUCGAGAGAAGACCAAAACCUCUUGUCCAAAUCUCCUACCACCUAUACUGUUAAACCACACACCAACUUCUCUUAUGCCUGGGACCAACCUGCAGCCAGGGACAAAAAGAUUUGCCUUAGUAUCAAUGGCUCCAGGAGAACCGUGGAUCCUCUAGAGAUUGGUGACCUAAUUCCUUUCAGAUUCACUGAAGGACAAAAGACUAAGGCCGUCUCACUUGACGUUCGAGCCGACGAUGACAAGCAAGUACUGUCAAUCACCAAUUACAAUGCUGAACGAAGUCUGUACAAACCGAAGCGAAGCAACACCGGAUCAUUAUCUCGACAGGAUACUAUUUCCAGUACCGGAGAAUCCUUCGAGGCUGUCACGGAAGAGGUUUCUCCUGCGUUAGGGCUUAGCAUCCAUUUCAGUGGAAUUGGCAUAUCGUUGGUAAACCGAAGACUCGUUGAAGUCAUAUACGUCUCGUUAAACUCAUUGACACUUGAGUACACGAACAGCGCAGUAGCGCAGUCAUUUACUAUUUCGUGUGGGACUUUGCAAAUAGACAACCAGCUUCAUGAUGCUCUUUAUCCUGUCAUCCUCCAACCUACUCCGUUACCAAAGGAUUCAGCCGCGCUACCCACUGUACAAGCGUCUAUCAUCUUACUGCAAGAUGAAGAUCAUGGAGUGUUAUUCGUGAAAUACUGCUCUAUCCUUCUGCAAGCAUUAACAAUCGAGGCCGACGAAGAUCUGCUAUUCUCAAUAUAUGAUCUCACGCAGAUCAAAGGUGCUUCAUGGGAACAGGAAACUCAGGAUAUUCUCAUUGAACAUGGCGAAGACAUACCGGAACCUCAGGAUACUUCCACUGGACAAACGCUGUACUUUGAAGUAUUGGAGUUACAGCCGAUCAAACUCUCGCUGUCUUUUAUGCGCACAGAGAGGGUCAGCAGUGAAGAAAAAUUGAGCAUCAGAAACCCGCUUGCUGUUGUCCUCAAUGCUUUUACUAUGGCCGUGGGCAACAUCAACGAUGCACCUCUUGAGAUGAAUGCGCUCGCUAUAAAGGAUAUGAGACUUAAAACUCCAGAGCUUCAGAGUCGUAUAAUGUUACAUUAUCGGCAGGACGUCAUUCGUCAGUUAUACCGGAUCUUGGGUUCCGCGGAUUUCAUCGGUAAUCCUGUCGGCUUAUUCACGAACGUUAGUUCUGGCGUGGCCGAUAUAUUCUAUGAACCAUUCAACGGUGUGGUCAUGCAUGGAAACAAGGAGCUAGGUAUCGGUAUCGCAAAGGGUGCCGCGAGUUUCGUCAAAAAGACAGUAUUUGGGCUCAGUGAUAGUAUGACUAAGUUCACCAGCAGUGUCGGAAAAGGAUUGUCCGCUGCGACUUUCGAUUCGGAAUAUCAAGCUCGCCGUAGGAUGACUCAGCGUAGAAAUAAGCCCAAGCAUGCUAUUUACGGUGUUACUGCCGGAGGAGAGGCUCUAGCGAGCAGUGUGGCCAGUGCCAUGGAAGGUGUCUUGAUGAAACCGUUAGAAGGUGCAGAGUCUGAAGGAGCAGUAGGCUUCUUAAAGGGAAUGGGCAAAGGCUUAGUCGGUGCUGUCACCAAACCGGUCGUCGGGGUGUUUGAUUUGGCUUCUAACGUAUCAGAAGGUAUUCGCAAUACCACCACUGUGUUUGAUAGUCCGGAUCGAGACCGAGUCAGAUUGCCAAGAUUGGUUCCUCAUGACCAAGUACUGAGGCCUUAUUCAGCCCGGGAAGCAAUGGGUCAAUAUUGGAUGAGAGACCUCAAUAAUGGAGCGUAUCGUGGAGAACUUUAUGUCGCACACAUCAAUACUCCUGGGAGUGACAACGUCGUGCUUUUGACAAUGUCGCGAGUGUUGUCUUUCUGGUCAAAAAAGCUUCGCUUGGAUUGGGAAUUGCCUCUCACUCAAGUACAAGGCAUUACUGUAGAGGACACUGGUAUACGUUUUGCACACAAAUCAGGAAGGGAGCACGACAAAUUCGUCUUUAUCCCAGACAAAAGUACCCAAUCAUGGGUCUUUGAACGCGUGGCAGGAGUUGUGAAGGCGUUCAAUAUUCGAAAACGAAUGGAUGGGUAGCUUUGGAAUAAUGAUGUAGAACGAUGUAAAAAAGAACUAUAACGGAAGGAUUCUGCGAAGGCAAAUAUACAAUUAGAUAUAAUAAGAUAAAGAUGUAGAAAGCAACACUACGCGACGGAAGAAAUGUAAGCCAAAACAAACGAAUAGAUCAAAAGAAUCAAAGGCUUUGCGGAGGUCGACAUUUCAAGUGCUUAUAGUAGCUUCACUAUGAGUUGGGCUGGGAAGAUCAUUUCCAGUAGCAGUGGCGGUGCUGGUACUGGAGAAUCGAUCACGAUGAGGCUUCACGAAUACCGGGGCAUGUUUGCCAAACUCAACGGGAAGGCCACUUGCUGACAUCACGUGCUGUUCUUCCUCGCUUAUGGAAUGUUGAUCAUAUUCGUGGUAACUUCCACGAGGACUGACCGAGUAAGCACUCUGAAAGUCUGUGUCGGACUCGUCUGUGGUGCCAGGAAGACCA